CUGGCUGCGUUGCUGCCCAAGUAUCGGCAGCGCGUCAGGUCGCUUGCCCUGGCUUCGCUCGGGUGCCGUUGCCCCACUGAACAUUCACCUGCUGCCGCUCGAGGACAGCCUGUCCGAGAUCGCGCGUCCGAUCUGCCGCACGCAAGGUCGGCUCGCAUGCUGGGGGCCUGAAGCCCUCUCAAGAAGACCAUCCAUGGCCUACCAAGAGCCAACAACGCGGAACCUCAAUGGCGGUGCGUCCAACGGUGUGUCGAGCAGCCUACUGACGCAGCCGUCGUCCUACCUGUCGGGCGGCUACGGGGGAACGGCGCUGUCAGUGAACCGCGCUCCCGCCGAUGGUCAACCGCUCAGCAACGGGCCUUCUUCCGUGGCGCCCGUCGCCGCAGGGGACUCGCGCUUCCCGGCCACCCAUCCGCUGAGCGGCUCCAAGCACCUCUGCUCCAUCUGCGGCGAUCGGGCAUCAGGCAAGCACUACGGCGUCUACAGUUGCGAAGGCUGCAAGGGCUUUUUCAAGCGCACCGUGCGCAAGGACCUCACGUACGCCUGUCGAGAGGAACGGCGCUGCGUGGUGGACAAGAGGCAGCGCAACCGCUGCCAGUAUUGCCGCUACCAGAAAUGCCUCGCGUGCGGCAUGAAGCGCGAGGCCGUCCAAGAGGAGCGGCAGCGGGCCAAGGACCGCAACGACAACGAGGUUGAGAGCACCAGCGGAGGCGGCGGCAACGUUUGCGUCGGCGGAAUCGGAGGGCCCGGCUCUCCGGAUAUGCCGCUGGACCGCAUCCUCGAAGCCGAGAUGCGAGUCGACCAGCCGGCGUCGUCGUCGUCCGUGCCGUCCGCCGACGCGUCCAGCCGCGAUCCCGUCAACAGCAUGUGUCAGGCGGCCGACCGGCAGCUUCACGAGCUGGUGCAAUGGGCGCGACGGAUUCCGCACUUCGAGGAGCUACCCGUCGAAGAUCGCACGGCCCUGCUCAAAGCCGGCUGGAACGAGCUGCUUAUCGCCGCCUUCUCUCACCGCUCCGUGAACGCGCGCGACGGCAUCGUUCUCGCCACGGGCCUGGUAGUGCAGCGGCACAGCGCGCACAGCGCGGGCGUCGGGGACAUCUUCGACCGUGUGCUGGCCGAGCUUGUUGCCAAGAUGCGCGAUAUGAAGAUGGACAAGACUGAACUCGGCUGCCUGCGUGCCGUGGUGCUCUUCAAUCCGGACGCCAAGGGAUUGAAGAGCACCAAAAUAGUCGAGGCUCUCCGUGAGAAGGUGUACGCUGCCCUCGAGGAGCACUGCAAACGACACCACCCGGACCAGCCGGGCCGCUUUGGUAAGCUGCUGCUGCGGCUGCCCGCCUUGCGUAGCAUUGGCCUCAAAUGCCUCGAGCACCUGUUCUUCUUCAAGCUCAUCGGAGACACUCCCAUCGACGUCUUUCUGCAAAACGUGCUCCAGGCACCCGCCGAUCCCUAGCCCUCAAUUUUGAAAGGGCUGCUGCAGUCGUAAGGUUUGCAACUGCGACAUCGCCAUCGAUACAUUAUAAAUCUGCAACUCCAAUGCUGUUGCAGUUGUCACUUUAGCAGACUUGAGUCACCGGGAAAAAUGCUUUGUGCGAUGCUUUCGACCUCAGUGUGCCAGCUAGAAUACAUUUUUUACUCCACACAUGGCAGCGUUCUUGUAAAUCGCCACGCCAUCUUGAAUGCUGUUUUUGAGGGCGAGUGAACAACAGUCAUUGGGUAUCCCCGCUUGAGCUCGUACUGUAGCUUGUUGAAGGUUUGCUUUAAAUGUGUGAGGCACAGAUUACUACGAGCUUGUGUGGCAGAGCUUCUUGUUUGUUGUUUUUAGUGCCGAGUGACAGAGGAUUACUGCUGCACAAGCUUCUAACAAGAGCACCUUCUUCAGGUUCCUUUGCCACAUCCCUUUCACCACCCUUACUGAUGGGGGACAGCAUUGUUGGCCAUCUUGCCGAGAAUCGUGUUCCAGAUCCUUUGCCAUUAUUGUCCAUUGCAUGUUGGUGGACGUGCUGUAUCUAUGUUUGAUUGUAUUUAAUAUGUUGGUUCCUUACGAACCACUUGUAUGCUUCAUGAUAAGGUGUGAGAGUAUGAAAUGAAACGUUACUUAGGUUUGUAGCGCCUUUCCUGCAGAUCGGUAAUUUUCUGUGUUGUAAACAUCUAUUUCGGAGCAUAUGCUGGCAUAACAGAAUCAUGCAUAGAGGAUAGCCAGCCUUUCUUUUCGUCUGUCUGCACUGCAUUGCACUCAAGACCUUAUGUCAUUGUGUUUCUUAUAUUUCGGUAACUAAUGGGCCUUUGCUCUCUUUGUAGAAUGCACAGAAAAGUGAAAUUUACUUUUUGUUGUAGUGAAACGAAACAGUGGCUAGCACGAUGCUUUAGAAUGCAGUGAGGAAUUGCAUUGACCUAAAUUUAACGUUCAGUGUGAAAGUUCAUUUGUUGCACAUUUGUCUUUGCAUGCAAACUUGCUAGGCUGCUGCCGCCUUUUAAUUGUGCAUUGUCGCCAUCUACCAUUGAGCGUGCCUGAACGUGCAUUUUGUGGUGACAUAAUAGCGUAAUAAUGCCUAUUAAACUUGCACCAACUCAAGAACAGCUAUAUCUUUAGCUCGGUUAAGCUGCUAAUUCCAAAGUUAUAACUGGCCCUUAGUGUUCAUCAGGCCUUGACACUCGUCCAGAACUCUUGUCAUUCGUAUGCUGUUCACCGAGCAUUGAGGCAUUUAACAAUGCGAGAUAGCUCUCAUAAUAUGCCUGCAGGCUUUUUAACUGAUGUGCUGCUUUUAGGUGAGUUGCCUUACGUGUAGGAAAAGCUUAUUAGUGGUAGCAGUGAAGAUUGUUUCACGAUUUUAAAUUCAGUAUUCAAUUCUAUCAAGCGCAAAGCUGCCAUUUUCCACCAAUUAAAUGUGUUGUGCUUGUAGAUUACGUAGAUUUUUUGGUUGAUUUAGACAAAGCUAAUUAGUAUUCAAACUGUGCAUGAGCUGAGUGCGAAUGAGUUUUCUUGGAAAAAAGGAGGCUUUUAAUGCGAGCUCUAAAAAGAUACUGGUAAUGAGGUAAUAUAAAAUUUCUUGCUCAGAACAGCAUAAAUAUGUUCAUGCUUUGCUUGUGUUCGGAAAGCAGCUGAGGAACAUGUUUACGGAAGCUUCAGAAUUUAAGCCAGAGCUGUGUCUGGCUGUAUUAUUGUUAAAUUUGUCUUUUUUUUUAACAUGUUGACAUGGCACCUUCAUAUGAAUGUGUUUCUGCAAAUGCUUUUACAAUUGUUAAAGAUGGACUUGUUAGGACUUGUUAUCUGCUUGUUAUUUUAUCUGUACAAAACUGAGGCUUUUUUGGCACUUCAGUUCUGCGAGAAUUGGUAAAAGCGGUGGGAUAUUUGUGAAAUGAAAAAAGAGAAAGAUUGUCCACCUUACAACACCAUGGCCCUCUAAAGGAAACUAACCCAGUAUUAUAACCCUUGUGCUGUGGUGACUACCAUCCAAGUUACUCAGAGUCCAAGCACAUAACAAAGCCAAAUUAGUCUACAGCUUGAAGCACGGAAAUACACACAGUGUGUAUCGUCUCUCCCAGUUCUCGUCCUUCAUGCAUUAUGCAAUUUUAAUUACGUAUGGAGAAUCGGUUUUAUAUUUACCUUUGUGGUAUUGUUUGGUGGACAAGUUUUUUCCCUUUUUAUGAGGUUAUGUUUACGAAAUUGCACUGCUUUGAGAAAUUCAAGUAGCAUGUCAUAAGGAGGUAUGUUUUGUUGCCUGUUGUUGAUAUUGUGCUUGUUUGGACAUAUAUUAGGAUCUUAUCUAAAAAACAUGAGCACUGUACGUUUGGCAACAACACAGUUGCCUUCUGUAAGCAAUUUUUGUGCUUCUACCCAUGUGGCUACCUAGGGCACUUGCUUAUGACAUCUUAAACAUGUUUUAAAUCUUGGCUUUGCUGUCUCUGAGAUGACCAGUACACGUCUCAAAGAAAGCGAGCAUUUUAACAGCGGAGCUGUUUACUCUGGCAGAAAUCCCUCAGGUGUAAGGCCGACACCGCCAUACCGUGCUAUGGCAAUAGCUCGCUGUUCAUCCUCCUCUAAAUCUAAGGAUUGACCGUAAACAAACACAGUUUGCUUUGGCGACAUACGUUUGAGAAAUGAGGAUAGGUUUAGUACAUUUUUAUGUAUUGCCUAUUAAUUGGUGGAUAAUGAGGCCUGUGGCCAGCACACCCAUUGAGGUCGACUUGAUGGAUGCGCAAUGUGCGUGGGCCUUCUGAAGAAAACGGAAGCGCAGAACAGAUAAACGCAAGAAAAACGAGAGAUGGAGAGAGAGAAAGAAACUGACAGAAAAAGAUGGAAAAAAAGAGGAAGAGAGAGAGAAAAAUAGAAAGAAAAGGAAGAGAAAACGACAAAGAGCGAGACAGAGAAAGAAAGAAACAGACAAAAAAGAGAUAGAAAAAACAGAGAAAGAUAGAAGGAGAAAAAUUAAGAGAAACAAGGAAGGCCGUCCAGCUCUGCUCUUCCUUCAGGCUUGACACCACUAGUGUGAAGAUGCCUCAGUUUUUUUUUACUGCUUUCUUACUGCACCCUGCUGUUUCCGAGGCUCCUUGUGGUGGAGCUACAUUUCAUUGACAGCAGUCAGGUUUAAGUAGCAGUGUUAUCAUUCGUUAUUGUAAUGGUCAUAGAGCAUCACAAGAGUUCUUUUACUUGCUCUACAUUAAAGAGCCCUUUAGUAUUAAUGUGAGAGCGUACUUUGUACGGCAAUAUUGUGCAGGUCAGGAAGAACAAUUCGAUUGUCUUGACAUUCGUGCUAAGCGACAAAAUUACAGCAUUCUCGGGUCUAAGUCACGCGAAUCUAAUGGAAAUAAAGGAGACCUAUGCAUGUGUGCAAGAAUGGGCAAGGUUUCAUCCAUCAUAUUUUCUUUACCUGCUGUAUAACCGACUUACUGCUUGUGUUCAAACCGAAAGAAAUAUGCCUUUUAUGUAUUGACUGCAGUGGGAAUCAGCUGACAUUAUUUGUUGAGAUGCAGGUAAUUUAAUUUUAUUUGAGGCUUGCACCUGUGAGCUGGACCCUUUUACAUCGAGGGCUUCUUGUGACAGCAUACAUUGUUGCUAAGACAAUGCUUUUCGAGGAUUGCUUGGAGGUUGAAGCGUCGUUUGCUCAUUUGAGUCAUUCAGUACUAAUUUACCGUGGCUGUAUCAUACACCAAGAGGCUUUUCCGAUAAAUAACCGAAGACAGCGGUAAAGCGUUCUGAAUAUGCGGGAUACAUUAUUUUAUUUGUGACCUGCCUCCACUCCACUCGUUUCUGUCAUUGUCACUGGCUUGCACUUGAUCCCGUGCUUGUUAUUGCUAAAUUCAGCUGCUCAACAUUGUGUGUUGUGAGGAAAAGAACUGAAGAAAACUGUUUUUAAGUCGGGCUACCGCAGCUGCUCUUUAUUUGACAAAAGUGUAUGUGUACACAUGUCCGCAGAGUUCUGAAUGUCAAAAACUGUGAAAAGCUUGAAACAUAUUGUCGCCUCUUUAGGAGAUUCAGAUGCAGCCUGUGUUCAGAAGAUAAGGUGGAGUGCGUAUGCCCUGUUGUUCAGUUUCCCUCUCACAUUUAUAACACAUGCUUAGGUACCAGAAAUUACGGUGCUUGAGUUGUACCAUUCCAAAAGCUUUUUUUUUUGUGAACUCACAUGUACAAAAGGGAAAAUUUUAUUAGAGGCCAAGAAUGUUCGUUCUGCAGACCGACUGUUGAGCAUUGAAGUUUAUACAAAUGGUGGAAUAGAAAGGAAAAAAAAAGAAACAUGACCACGUUUUGUGGCAUGAGCCUGUGGCUUGGAAUUGCUGUGUUACUGCAGGAAUUCUGCACAAGAUUGUCAUUGUAAUAGUAGAAUUGAAAUUGCAGAGGGUCCACCCCUAUCGCAACCCACGUGUGAAAGCGGAUCGCUCUUCUCAAUUUCAGGCACUAUGGACUACGUUUCCAGUGACCUCAGCACUUUCGGCACUGGUAGCACGCAAGCCAUGCUUGCCAGCUCAUAAAAAUCUUGCAGGCGACAGUAAGGGAAGGGAAGAGAUGGCAAACGUUUUCAAAAAUGCUUUUCCUCGGAAUACACCUCGCACGGAGAGCUCCGUUAACCAUGAUUUACCUUUAGACGUGGCACACUAGUAGAAAAUUUGAAAUAGCAGAGCCUGAAGAUCAGCACAUCGUUCUAAGAUCACGGUGUCUUUUUUCGUGGUCGGAAAGGCUGCUGCCCGUAUAUUUCUGCUUCAGAACGCUGCCUGAAUGAACUACUAGCUCAUAGCUGUUAAAUUUCAGCCUGUUCUGUUCAUGAACACACCGUUCCCUUUAUCACCACUCACCGCGUCUGGAGCAAAACGGGCUGUUAACAGUUUAUGUUGCAUUUGUUCCUUACGGUAUGAAACGUUGGGUCCGUCAUGAGAUUCAUAGUCACUGUGCCUCUGUAUGCAGGAUUCGAGUGAAGGCAUACAAUGCUGUACCGAGUUGGUUGGUUUUGGAGCGUAAAAGCCAGGAAACAUGUGUGCCAGGUGUUUUCAUGAUCACAUGCAGCUGUAUUCUAUGGCAGUGGAAAACGAUGCGUAAAUGUUGGUCAUGGAGGAUAGACACAUGAAUUGUCGCCAAAUGAAUACUUUGUUUUCAGCAUUGAGUGAAAGGUUUCAUACCCCGAAAAGUCGCAGAUAAGUAUGAGAGAGCCAUUUGUCAGGUGCUGACUUGACUGAUGCUAUUUUUGAAGUCACCUAUCCUUGUUCUUGGAAUCGUACUGCAAAAAAACUAAUUUUGAGGUCAACCCUUGUGUGUUUUACUCUUUCGUUUCUUUUGUCCCGGCUGUACAGCAAAGAGAGUGGUUUUGCUUACUCUAUUAGAAGACUUUUUCGCGUAGCCAUUUGUAGAUUUCUCCAGAAACAUGUUGCUGUAUUUUGUGUCUGUUUACAGUUGUGCUAUUUUGCUUCUAGAAAGUUAUAUUGGUCAUUCCCACUUCACGAGCCUUCUUGCCUUUCUAAAGAUUCCACACGACCCUCAUCAGCACAAGCACCUCCCUAACCUCCUAAUUAUUUAGAAGACAAAAUUAAAGUCUCUUAUCUAUUACUGCUUAUCUACCAAAGCUGUUAUCCGUCAGUUGGUGGCGUUCUAAUCUGUAAAGCCACCCAAUUCCUGUCUGGUCUCUGUAGUGUUGUUUAAAUAUACAUGAAUAUUGCAGCCCCUGUGUACAGUUUAAUUUCAAUUGGGGUACCUUCAAAACGAGUUGUUUAGACAAAAUGUUUUGUCCGCCACGGGCCAUUUGCAUAUAAUAAUUAUGCUUUACAUGGCUUCAUUAUCGAUUGCCUUCGUGUGCUUGUGUCCAACAAAAAGCGGCCCUUCGUUCAACUCCCCUUUUCAUUCAAAAUUUUCAUGUAGCAUAUUUUACCAGCUUGCGUGGGUCCUCACCUUCUCCGAACGUGACGCACGUAUUUCUAUUGUUCCUCGCCAUGCCCGCUUCCCCGCCUGUGCUCGAUAAUAUUUAAAAUUUCCCACUUGGGGCUGUCUACGCAAGCGCUGACAUCUGCUGACAGCUGUGGUUCACUGGCUUUCCUUGGCGCACUCAUAGCCCAUGGCUGAUUAGCAUUUGAGCUGAAUGUCGGUCUUUCUGUUUGUCAGCUUUACUUCCGUCUUGUUUGACAUUUAAGUCGGAACAGCAGGUGGGCUUUUGUGCGUCCCUUUUUGUCGCUUUGACGAUCUUGCCAUCGGGUGGGGCUGACUAAAAAUGGUGGCGUGUUUUACACGUGCCUGUCGGUAGUGACGUGGCCUGACAAAAAGAAAAUAGAAAGUGGCCUUUCGCUCUGAUAGGGCAGGCCUAAGACAAUGUUACAGUAAUAAAAUGGAUGAUUGAUGGCCGUGACCUUUUUGGGAGAAAAAGGUCGCUCGUGUUUCGAGAGGCCGAAGCAGCAUUGUAAAGUGCACGGAGCUGAUGCAACCACUCGUACUUCGCUUUACUGGAUGGCGUGAUGUUGCCUGUCGCAACAUGGCCGUUAGGAGUCGUGUUCGUUUUCGACAUGCGUAAGCCUGUACAUCGAUUUCUGUACUUUUCGAGGGAAGAAGAAAAAAAAAAGUGAAAUGAAAGGAGUACACAGCAAAGUGUGCGCAGAUAAUUGCCGAUUAAGAUACAUGAUGCAUUAACAGCCAGAAAAAGCAUUUCUCAAGUUUUCUGCCUUGAAUAAGAAAGUUUGUCGACACAAGUAAGUAAACCUACACUGAAGUGAACGCAAAAAACCUGCAUUUGAGUGAGCGUGAUUUCCGUGCUUCAAUGCCUUCAACUCUGCCACUGGUUCUUGCUUGUGGUGGAUCUUAUGAUCUUUGAUAACAUGCGUACGUCAUUGUUUACUUGUCUUGCAGUUUGGAUUCUGCCGCAGAUGCAUCUUAAUGUUGACGUUUUUGUCAUACCAUGUGAUCCAACCAUUUGUUCUGAUGUAGUGUGUGACGGUAUGUCAGUCUUUAUAAAAUGUUCCCAAUGCUUAAAUUGUGUCUGAGCAGGUGCAUGUCGUGCGCAUUUUCUUCCCAACAUCUGAAUAGAAAUGGACAAUGGGUUCCGGCUUGGAAUUAUUUUCUUUUUCGACAUAUUAGUAUGUUCUAGUUUGAGGGAAUUUAAAUGUGUGAAGGUCCUCUUCAUGCAAAUAUUUGAAGCAGUUUCUUGUCCACGCAUAGAAUUUGCAUAAAUUGAAUUGUUGACAGUGUAUUACGUAGACGUAGAUGUACUGUCACUGGUGAUUCUUUGGUCUUGUUGACUUUCUGAUCAGAAGUGAAUUUCAGGCAGAGGAAGUGAACUCUUCAUGUCUGCAUGUCAGUAAUAGUCGCAUCGCAAUGCCAAUCUUGUUGCUUGAGAAAGAACCCUGUGAAAGUUCACCAGUAUUAAGCAGGAGGCUGCUGAACUGACCAGCAGUGGAAAACUUGCGAGCAUUUUUUAUUUACAGGAUUGCACAUGCUGGUAAACGUGACAUAGAUCAUGCUUAUGGUGUCUAGUUGCUUAUGUACAAGAAACUGCCGUCUUCUUGAAUUAUACCCAAGUGUACAUUUGAGACCUACCCGGUAACUUGAAAGAUUUCACCGAAGUGUCCGGUGAUUCAAGCCCUCCUUUCUAUUCAUCUCCCUGUGUUGCUCAAACCCCGUGACUAUAUCAACUCACUCUGAACAGAUAAGUAAGGAGUGUGCUUUCUUCUCGACUUAGAAGGCAUAACUCUGUCUGUGGAGGAAUUAACCAUGCUUUUCAUGGUGCAUCUGCAAGCUUGUAUAUUGCUUCAGUGUGCAAUUCCGGUGUUCUUGCUUUUGGAGGGAGAGGUUCAAUGAUGAUUGAUGUGGUGUCCAUGUGAUCCAUCUACCAAUUCCUUCUCAGUGUUUCCGGUGCUUGCGUUUGUUGUGCGCUGCCUUUUGCGAUUGUUACUGUCUGUGACAGCAGCAUGUUUGUUAAUGGACAGAUGUUCUGCCGAUUUAUAGCCAACUUAAGCAGUGUGACACACCUUACAGCUGUUAACAGUGUAUUCUUAACCCGCAUGAGACCUUCAUCUUUAACAAUGACUGUGACGUGUCAAUGACAAAAGAGAACCAACUGAAUAUGUGCUGUCCCGCGUGAAUGUGUCCUUAUUUCUUUUCUUUGUUCUGUGUAUGCACCGCCUAAAUUAACGUAUUUUGUUGGACAGCUAGUGUGUUGAACUGCAAGUGUGGCGGGCCGUAGACUUUUGUGUGAGCAGCAUCAGCAGCAUACUUGCCCUAAUGCUGACUGCAGAUACCACAAACGUCAUCUAAUAUAGUAAUGCCGAACUGUCUUUGAAAGCAUUGCCAGGGUGCUUUGUUUGUUUGUUGGCAAGAGUGAAUCGUUCUUUCUGGUUGUUUCAGCCAUUAUUUUUGCCUCGUGAAACAUGCUUACUUUGUGGACCGACACUUGUAGUGUAUAGAGCGGGUGAAACGUGGAGGUACGUGAAAUAAUGUUUGUAAAAUUGUUAGAUUGUGUGUUCCUGGCAGCCGGUGAUGGCAGCGACUGUGGACUGUUUGAGUGGAUACCAAUAAACUGGUCGAAAGCA